AUGUCAGACGCUGCCUUAUGAAAUUUAAAAGCUACUCUAUUAAUAGUGAGCUCUUUGACAAGAUAUGUAGACCUUAGGUUUCCUUAUUUAUUAUGGCCAUUUGUAGAUCAAGUCUUAAAUAAUUUAGAGGAAGGUCUUGAACAAUAUAAAAAUUUCUUAAAUCCUUUAUCCAGGAAUCUUGAAGAAAUUUUAGCUUGAAACAGAUGAGCCAUCUCUUGCAAAAAUAUAGAUUUAAGUUUAAUGAAAUUCUCUAGCAUAUUGAAUGCCUUUAAGUCUUCAUUCUUGAGGUUCAGCUACGAUAACAACUCUGAAUAACGGCAGGUGGACCGGCCUAACCGUCGAACUGUAAAAGUUAUCAAGCCUGUUCAGGCUUCUCUAGUCUGUGCCAGCCUCAGCACAGACCACAUCUCUUAAGCCAAAGCUCUCAAGAAGUUAGACUUCUCUCACUGAGCUCGGUUUAUGAACCCGGUCUGGUGGAUCAGGACUAGGGACCCAUCCCUAACUGCCAUUUUAAAUAUUGUAUAUAGAGAUUAUUAAAUUUAAAGAUACAAGAGAGACUUCCUUGUGGAGAGAUAUUAAUAAUAAAAAGUUAUUCUCAAAAUGUUUCAGCUGUAGUCAAAGAAGCUCAAUAUACGUAUUUUCUUGUAUCUGCUCUUUCAUGCAAUGGCAACAUUGUAUAUAUUUGAAAAGAUGGAGCUUGGAAACGAGAAAGCUCUGACUCUUCUUAUUCUAAUAGUUUUUAUGAGCUUUACUAUUUUUACUAUUGCAAAAUUACUCCAAAAUCUAUUUCUAAAUUAUUGCGAUUGGACGAUGUUUGCAAUACAAAUGAUAACUUAUUUCAAGUAAUGAUAAAAAUAUGAAAUUUUACUAAAGAAAGCAAAAAUAUAUUUGAUUUUGAUGAAGAAAUAGAGGCUAGAAUGAAAUAUAGCGGAAUAAUCGAAAAAAUUAAUAAAGAAAAAGAGGAUGCUCAAGCAGAAAUAGCAAGAUUAGAAUCAAAUAACAAAAAUUUAGAAUCAGAUAUUAAAAAAUAUAAAGAAUAUAUAGAGGAAUAUAUAGAGGAAUAUCAAAGAAAUGAAAACAAUUUAAAAAAUUUGAAUUACUCUUGGGAAGAAAAGUGCAAAUCGCUUGAUAAUGAGCAUCAAAAGCUCACGAAAAUGACUAAAGAAAAAGAAGAGAGCAGCAAUGAAGCUAUCAAGCUACUUAAUCAAAAAAUUAUUGAUUUGCAAAAUGAAAAAAAUAUUUUAGAAGCUGAAAAUUUUUAUCUUAAAAAUUCUCUUUCAGAAAAAGAAAAUCUCCUACAAAAAGCAUCAGAUGAGCACCACAAAAUCUCUGAAAAAUAUAAUAUUUUGCAAGAAAAAUGCAAAAAUCUUAAAGAAAAACUAAAUAAAGCCAAUUAUUCACAAAUACUCUACAACCCAGAAAAUGAAAUUGUUCAAUUACCUCCAAACACAAAGCACGGGCUGCCUAACCUUGGAAAUACCUGCUAUUUAAAUUCUCUUCUGCAGAUUUUUGCAAGUACUCCUCUUUUUGUAAGUAAAAUUGCCUCUAUUGAUUCUCCUUUUUGUAAUUCUUUGUCAUCUCUUUUAUCUAAUAUGCAUAUUGAAAACAGCUCUAAGACAAUCAGCAAUUUAACUAGAAAUUUCUCAAAAACAUCUAAUGGAGGCUUAUUCAAAUGUAAAAAUUAUUUAGAUUAA